GAAGUGCAUGUGCAUGUGUGGAGACAAAAGUGGAGAAGAUGCCGGACUUCUGUGCUGCUUAUGGCUGCUCCAACGAGCGGGGCAUGUACACAAAAUGUCGUGGAAUCACUUUUCACAGGUUUCCCAAAGACAGUUGUGUGAAAAAACGUUGGGAACUGGCUUUGAGGAGGAAAGGUUUUGUACCAACCAAGAGGUCCUUGCUAUGCAGUGAGCACUUUAAGUCUGAUGACUUUGACAGCACAGGACAGACUGUCCGCCUUAGACACGGAGUCAUCCCUUCAGUCUUUAAUUUCCCAUCUCAUUUACAAAAGCAAGCACCAUCAAGGACCACAAAAGCUUUGAGGAGAGCUGAGGAGAGCCUGCCAGUGGACUCGCCUCAGCAUUUGCAUGAGGCUGACCCUCAGGUUAAUGUUGACCACAGUUAUGCUUUACCCGCUUCUCCCACUGCUCUGAAGGCCAGACUUAUUGAAGCUCUGGCUCGAGUGGAGAGUCUGGAGCAGGAGAAGAGGAACAGCGUGAUCCAUGAGCGAAGGGCGAAGAAAACUGUGCAUGCUCUUCUUGAAGAUCUGAGGCAGAAGACCAGGAAGAGAUUGGAACAGAGGAUGUGUUUUUGCUCAGGGAACAUAUUGAAGAAACACAAUCUGGCAUCGACAACCAGCGUUCAGACCUGCUGAGAUUAAUAGUAGUUGCUUUUCCAUUGGACAUCUGUGCAAAACUUUAUCCAUAUUUACUAGAUGUUGGAAAAACAGAAGUGCAUAAUGUCAGUUUUUCCAUUAAAUCACAAAUGCGACGAUUUGUUUAUUAAUUAUCGCGAGAUGACACGAGAAGUCAUUCCUUAAACAUGGCGACGUACGUAAAUAUGGUGUAGAUUUACAGAUGUAUUCAUUGUUAUUAUAUUUCACCCCUCUAUCAUGUACU